UGAAGUUUAGUGUAAUGCGUGUGAAACAGCCUGGUGAUCAAAGUUGGACGCGAAGUGAAAAUAAUACAGUUUCCCGCUGAAGUGAGCGGACAGGUCACCGAGACAGACACACUCGGGACUCGUCUUUGAGUUUUUUUAACGUGUUAAAUCGAGUGUGAAUGACUCUUCUGGCUUUGUUUUUGGACUCCGGCUCGUAAUGGGCAACAGUGGCUGAAGUGUUUUGAUCCAGUCAGUGACAGGCUGCAGACAGCAGGGAGAGCUGUGCUGAGACCACUCUGUGUUUGAUUAUGAAAGUUAGUGAGGAGUGAAGGAAAUCUGGGAGCUUUGUUGGGACGAAAAUAACCUGAUACAGCAGUGUGUGUCGGAGGACAAUCCAAACAGCCAUGGAGGCCUCACAGGACCUCAGCGAACAGAUGGUGAAGAAAUCACACAGUGAAUCUCAUGUUCCAGACCCUUCGGACACCAGGUCUAUGGAAAUGCAGGACCUAGCCAGUCCUCAUAACCGUGUGGAAGGUGGAGAUUCAACAGGCUCAAAGCUGGACAAGAACAACCUUGGCAGCCCCUCCAUCACCACCAAUGGGACAGGAGGUGAAAACAUGACAGUUUUAAACACGGCUGAUUGGCUGUUGGGCUGCAGCAGCCCGCCUCCUGCCCCGGGCUCCAAGGACUAUGUGAAAUCAGAGCCUAUGAACAGCAGCGACACAGUCACCACAACAGGCGACACAGUAUUGGACACAUACACAGGCUCAGUCAUCACCAGCAGUGGAUACAGCCCUCGUUCGGCCAGCCAGUACUCCCCUCCGCUCUACCCGUCCAAGCCAUACCCUCACAUCCUCUCCACACCGGCAGCUCCUCCCAUGCCCACAUACGCCGGUCAGCCCCAGUUUGGCAGCAUGCAGCAGUCCACCGUCUACACGGCGUACUCCCAGACAGGACAGGCGUAUGGUCUGUCCACCUAUGACCUGGGCGUAAUGCUGCCGGGCAUUAAGACAGAGAGCGGCCUGGCUCAGAGUCAGUCUCCUCUGCAGACGGGCCUCAGCUACAGCCCAGGCUUCACCACACCUCAGCCCGGACAAACUGCGUACUCGCCCUACCAGAUGCCAGGUUCCAGUUUCACUCCUUCCUCAGGCCUCUACGCCACCAACAACUCAGUGUCCAACCCCGCCAACUACACUGCCACACAGCAGGAAUAUCCCUCAUAUACGACGUUCGGCCAAAACCAGUACGCCCAGUAUUAUUCCGCCUCCACUUAUGGGACUUAUAUGACCUCAAACAGUGUGGACGGCACAGGUUCCACAGCAGCCUACCAGCUGCAAGAUCCAGCUCCGGCCAUGACCGGACAGGCUGCUGAACUCCACCCAGGGGACUUUGACACAGUACAGAGCCCCUCCACGCCCAUCAAAGAGCUGGACGACCGGGCCUGCAGGAGCGGGGGAUCCAAGUCUCGAGGCAGGGGUCGCAAGAACAACCCGUCCCCUCCACCUGAUAGUGACCUGGAGAGGGUGUUUGUGUGGGACCUGGACGAGACGAUCAUCGUCUUCCAUUCACUGCUCACUGGCUCGUACGCACAGAAAUAUGGAAAGGACCCUCCUAUGGCAGUAACGCUGGGUCUGAGGAUGGAGGAGAUGAUCUUCAACUUGGCUGACACACACUUAUUCUUUAAUGACCUGGAGGAGUGUGACCAGGUACAUAUUGAUGAUGUUUCAUCUGACGACAAUGGCCAGGACUUAGGUACUUACAGUUUUGCAACUGAUGGCUUCCAUGCAGCUGCAACCAGCGCCAACCUGUGCCUGGCUACGGGCGUCCGCGGCGGGGUCGACUGGAUGAGGAAGCUGGCCUUCCGCUACAGACGAGUCAAAGAGUUGUAUAGCACGUACAAAAACAAUGUGGGGGGUCUGCUGGGUCCUGCUAAAAGAGACGCCUGGCUGCAGCUCAGAGCAGAGGUGGAGGCUUUGACCGACUCCUGGCUGACCCAUGCGUUAAAGUCCCUGUCCAUUAUCAGCUCCAGGAGUAACUGUGUAAACGUGAUGGUGACCACGACGCAGCUCAUACCAGCGCUGGCUAAAGUUCUCUUAUACAGUCUGGGAUCUGUUUUCCCCAUCGAGAACAUCUACAGUGCAACAAAAAUAGGCAAAGAGAGCUGUUUUGAGCGUAUAGUCUCCCGCUUUGGCACUAACAUUACGUAUGUUGUGAUUGGCGAUGGGAAGGAUGAAGAGCAUGCGGCUGGCCAGCACAACAUGCCUUUCUGGAGGAUAUCCAGUCACUCUGACCUGCUGGCACUACACCAAGCACUGGAGUUUGAGUACCUGUAACUACUUUAGCAAUAUGGACUCAUGCAAUGUUACCCUGGACGUGGUCAGCCAGGCGGCCCCCUUCUUUUGUAUAACUAUUUAAGAACAAACAAUACACUGCAACUGUUUUUGUGAUUUUUUUUUUUUUUUUUUCUUCUUUUGGUCUUGUUUUUUUGAACCUCUGGAUUUACAAACUCUGAAUGGUCUUAAGAAGCAAAGUAGAGGUGAAAGAUGAAGAAAAAGACUUUGGGAGGGCAAAAGAGAUGAUUACCCGACUCAGCCCACCUUGGUCCUGAUGCUGGGAAUGGGCCGCUGUGAAAACGUACCCUCCUUGCAGCUGUAGCAGACUAAAAGCCUGAAAACGGCUGAAACCCUUCCUGGCCCAGGAGGACGUUUGAUUUGUUCUGGAGAAUAAAUGAUCUUCAAAAAAAUGAAGGCCUCUCUGUACAGGCAGCAUCGUGUGCGAGGAGAACGGCUGCUUUUUUAUUUAGUGUUUUCUUCCUGAUGGUAUAAUCACGACACAUCAAUGCAGUCUGUGGCAAAACUUGUGUAAAUUAUUUACAAUAAACUUAAAGGGCAGUGGCAGAUAUUAUGUCCAAGAGGUGGAAACUAUACUUUUAGUGUCUUUUUUUUUUUUUGUUCUCUGGAUUUUUGUAAUUUUGGGUGGGGGGAUGGAGAAUGUGCAUCAUGAUGUGUUGUGCCUUAA